AUGCGAGGGGGCACGUUUUACUUUCUCCUGGGGCAGAUCCCUUUCGGCCUGUACCGGGCUAAGUCCCGGGUGAGCACCCUUCGCCAGGUACCGGUGCCCCAGAGACAGGAGCCAGGUUCUCCUGUGGACAGCAUUACGUGCCCCUCGCCUGGCACCACUGUCAACCUGGCAGCGUUUGUGCCCUUACUCUGGGCCUGUGGCCGCUUGGCGCCCCGGCCAGGAUUGAAUCGGCUCCACCGGUCGCACGUGGGUCCGCGGGCGAGGCGGGAGCAGGAGGGCGGGGACGCCCUCCCACAAGGUGGCAAAUCCAGCCUUUUCCCGAACGGGGGAAAGGGGCCACUCCGUGCCCCUCGAACUCGGCGGCGGCCUCGGGGAGCUCGGUUGCUGUCCCCGCACAGCUGGGACCACACUGCGCCCUGGGGAGUGUGCGGGCCGGGAUCUGCGGUGCCUGGAACCCACGGCCGGGGCGUGGGGAAGCGGGGCGGCUGCUGGGCCAACUCCAGCCGCCUGGAGCGCGGGAAAGAUCGCGGGAGGGCCACCGAGACCCAGCCUGGAGAGCACACUCCGCUCCCCGCCCUGGAGCACGCGGUGGCUCCGCGCGGUCGGGCCACUGGGGUCCGGGCGCGGUGCCCACGUCCACGCUCGGGUCCUCGCCAUCCCCACCCGGCCCCAGGCUGGCACCCCACGGACCCCUCUGCUCAGCCUGCGAGCCCCCCUCCCCUCGUGUCCUCCGUCCACUCCCGCCGCCUCCUGCGCACCUCUGGGUCCGGAGCCGAGAAGGACAAGCUCAAGAUCCUGCCCCGUCAGGAAGAGCAAGAAGACUCCACCAAGUAUGCUGUGCUCACCUUCCUGUCCAUUGCCUGCAUGCUGGUGGUUCUCCUGGCUUCUGGCCUUGCUUACUGCCUCCGCCACAACUCCCACUACAAGCUAAAGGAGAAGCUGUCAGGGCUAGGGGGCGACCCCAAUGCAGAUGCCACUGCAGCCUACCAGGAGCUAUGUCGCCAGCGCAUGGCUGUUCGGCCUCCAGACCGCCCUGAAGGCCCACACACAUCCCGCAUCAACAGUGUCUCAUCCCAGUUCAGCGAUGGGCCGAUGCCCAGCCCUUCGGCUCGGAGCAGCACCUCAUCCUGGUCUGAGGAGCCUGUCCAGUCCAACAUGGACAUCUCUACUGGACACAUGAUCCUGGCCUACAUGGAGGACCACUUGAAGAACAAGAACCGACUGGAGAAGGAGUGGGAGGCACUGUGCACCUACCAAGCGGAGCCCAGCAGCUCACUCAUAGCCCAGAGGGAAGAGAACGCAUCCAAGAACCGCUCCCUGGCCGUGCUGACCU